AUGUCGUCGCGCGCACAACCCGCGCGGAAGCCGUGGGGCGCGUCCGCGGAGUUUGGACGAGGCGCGCGCGCGCCCUUCUACGACGCGCCCUCCUCAGAUCUCGCGGCGACGCGCGACGCGGGCGGGGGAGGAACGACGAAAACGACGACACGGCGUUCCCUGCGCGAGGUGCGCGCGAACGAGCCGUCGCCGCGGCCGCGUUUGAACGCGAAGCCGACGACGACGAAAGGGGGCGCGUCAAAAAAGGCGCCGUCGCGCAGGACGUCAAAGGACGCGAAGAAGCGCUCGCCCGCGGCGUCGCCGAGGAAGGCGUUCGGGAUCGCCCGCGACGAUGAGAACGAAUUCUCAUUCUCCGCGCUCGCGGGCGACGGCGACGCGUGGAAAAACCUCCCCGCGUCGCCGUCGCCGUCCGCGGCCGGGUGCUCGCUGCACGACCUCGGCGCGGAGGAGAAGCGCAAGGUCGCGAAGCUGAUCCGUCAGGUGGUGGAGUACGCGGACGCGCGCAAGAAGCUCGAGGCGGGGCUCAAAGAAUCGACGGAGGCGAUGGCGCGCGAGAGGGAACGCGCGCGACGCGCGGAGGAGGAGGCGGAGAGCGUCAAGGCGAAGCUCUCGAACGCGUUCGCGCUGAUCCGGUCGUACCAGGCGCAGAUUCGUGCGAAGGACGACGAGCUCGCGCGGCGCGCCGUCGUCGUCGCGGCGCCGUCGCCGUCGCCGUCGCCGCCCGCGAAAGCAGCGCUCGUCGAGGCGCCGACGAGCGGAGCCGUCGUCGUCCGCGCCGCGACCGCCGCCGCCGCCGCGGAGCUGGAAGCCGCGGCGACGCCGCACGACGUCGAGGAGGAGGAGGAGGAGGAGGAGGACGAGCCCGCCGAGGAAUCUGAACCUGAACCCGGCACGCCGCCGGUCGCGACGACGCGCGCGCUGGUCGUCGCCGCCGCCGCGUCGUCGCCGUUCAUCCCCGGGCUGUCCCCCGCGUCGUCGCGCGAUCUCAGACGGCUGAUCCGGCUCGCGGGCGCGCCGCCGCCUCCCACCGCGGUCGUCGUCAAGGCGGCGGGCGGGAGCGGGAACGAAAAAUCGAGCAAGAUGGCGAGCGCGGCGGCGGCGGCGGCGGCGCGGGUGAUGCAGCACAGAGAGAGCGCAGAGAGCCCGACGACGGCGGCGACUGAGAACGGCCCUGAGACGCCGUCGCCGGCGGCGACGUUGAAGCUGACGCUGUCGCCGUCGCCGUCGCCGGAGGGGAUGGGCGCGGGGGAAACCGAGUCCACGACGCCGCUUUUGCCGCAGGAGGUGAGGGAUGCUGCCGCGGCGGCCGCGGCGGCGGAUCCGAACGACGCGCUCGUCGCCGCGCUCGCCGCGGGCGCGGCGGCGGCGGGGGAGGCGCGCGGGGCGAACGGCGAAGGCGCGACGCCGCCGCCGCCGCCGCCGACGACGCGACAGAACCGCGUGCUUCGGUUCGAUCCGUCCGUCGGCGCGGCCGGGGCGUUUUACUUCUCCGACGCGUCGGUGACGCCGCCGACGGCGGCGACGACGGCCGCCGCGGCGAGCGCGAUCAGCCCGUCGUCCUGGAACGUCGACCCCGGAGAAGAAGAAGCGUUAAGAACCCUGAAUCCGCCCGCCGCGGCGCCGCCCGCCGUCCCUGGGUUGGACCAAGGCGCGGACGCGUUCGGGUCGUUCGAAGCCGCGGAAGCGUACGCGGAAACCGCUGUGAAGUUAGAAGACACCGAGACGGCGUGGGCGGAAGCGCGCGCGGCCGCGGACGCCGCGGAAGCGCUCGUGGCGUCGCGUCGCGACGGCGGCGGCGGCGGCGGCGGCGUCAAAAAGGUUUUCAAAAUCGUCCGCGCCGCGGAGGUGCAGACGUCCCCGCCCGUCGCGCCUCGCGCGGCGACGCGUGAGGCUGCGGUGUGCUUCACCGCGUCUCCGAACGCGCCGGCGUCGCCGGACGUGCCGCAGCCGCCGGCGUCGUUCAUGUUCGCGCCGCGGGGGCGGUCCGGUCUCGUCGAGGACGCGGAGGACUCAGCCGCCGCCGCCGCCGCGCCGCCGCCGCCGCCGCCGGCUGCCGUUCUCGACGAACCGGUUCCCCCGGCGCCGAGCGCGGCGCCGAGCGCGGCGACGCGCCAUCGCGUGCUGACGCCCGAGGAGAUCGCGCGGCGCGCGGAGAUGGCGUCGCGGUUGCUCGCGGGCGAACGGUCCGCGGCGGCGGCGGGGUAUUCGCCCGCGGCGUCGCCGUCGCUGUCCGUCCCGGAUCAGCGGACGCGUUUCGUCGCCGCCGCCGCCUCGGAGCGAGCGAAACCCCCCGUUUCGGAGGACACGCCGGAGCUGGUCGUGGAGGUAUCGCCAGAAGAGGAGCCGACGACGUCGGCGAAGCCGUGCGCGCACGAUAAAACGGUCGAUUUACGGCCGUUAUCGUACGGCACGACUGGGUUCGACGCGUCUUUGGUGGAUUUAAUCGACGAGGUGGAGGCGAUGGGGGGUUCGGUCGGUCGGUUACACGUCGACGGCGGCGGCGGCGGCGGCGGCUCCGCGCGGAAGAAGCCCGCGAGCGGCCCCGGGGGGAAGAAGACGAAGGGUAAGAAGCCGGCGCCGAGCAAGAGGCACGCGCAGGCGCCGGGGUGGUACACGAAUUACAGGAGUUUUUGAUCGCAGUCGAUGAAAGCACUGUUGUUAGUUUCAUUAAACGUAUGGACAUUCGUUCCUCCCCCCC